AGCCCUCCAUUAGCAAGAGUGCCCAAUCUAUCUGUCUUCUCCAUAAGAGAGCAUCUCAGGUGUAGUUUUUAGUUUCUCUCUCUAAAAAUGGGAGGCAACUGAGGAAGAAGGAAGAACACGGCCUUCAUUUCAUCCAAUUGAGUCAAGAGAGGAAAUCUGAAUUUGGGGGCGGCCAAGAAAUGGAGCAGUAUGAGGUGCUGGAGCAGAUUGGGAAGGGGUCAUUUGGCUCUGCCCUCCUGGUGAGACACAAGGUUGAGAAGAAGAGGUAUGUCUUGAAGAAGAUCAGACUUGCCCGUCAGACCGACAGAUGCCGCCGAUCAGCACACCAAGAGAUGGAGCUCAUUGCAAAAGUAAGGAACCCUUACAUUGUGGAAUACAAAGAUUCAUGGGUGGAGAAGGGUUGUUAUGUGUGCAUCGUGAUUGGUUACUGUGAAGGAGGAGACAUGUCAGAAGCCAUUAAGAAGGCCAACAGUAAUUAUUUCUCAGAAGAGAGACUUUGUAUGUGGCUUGUGCAGCUCCUGAUGGCACUUGAUUACUUGCAUGUCAACCAUAUCCUUCAUCGUGAUGUGAAGUGCUCAAAUAUAUUUCUGACGAAGGAUCAAAACAUACGGCUCGGUGAUUUUGGUUUGGCCAAAGUAUUGACUUCUGACGAUUUAACUUCAUCAGUUGUGGGUACUCCCAGCUACAUGUGCCCUGAACUUCUUGCUGACAUUCCAUAUGGUUCCAAGUCUGACAUAUGGUCACUAGGCUGUUGCCUCUAUGAGAUGACUGCUUUGAAGCCUGCAUUUAAAGCAUUUGAUAUGCAAACACUGAUAAACAAGAUAAGCAAGUCGGUUCUCGCUCCUCUACCGACCAUCUACUCCGGUGCAUUUAGGGGGCUCAUCAAGAGCAUGCUGCGAAAAAGUCCAGAUCACAGACCAAGUGCUGCAGAAUUGCUUAAGCACCCACACCUUCAGCCCUUUGUACUGGAACUCCAAUUGAAGUCGAGUCCCGCUCGCAAUCUUUUCCCGGAUACAAAUAAGGCUUCAUGUUCUGAUGAUGAAAACAAUUGGAAGGCUAAGUACAGCAAGAGCCAUUCAUUUAAAGUAGACAGGAUUGUAAAAGUUGACAAAGUUGCUGCUAACAAUGGCCAUCCUAGUUCUACUGGAACUGCAAAAGAUUACCAAGAAUUGCUAAAACAACCAAUGGAUGAGUUGUUAGGACAAUUAACCGAGAAAGUUGUUGAUGAAGUGAUACAUGGAAAUCAUUCAAGAGUAACAAAAUCUCCAGCUCCUACUCCAAGAAGGGCAUCAUCAACUCCUAGAAUACGACUAGAACCUUCAAAGACAUUUCAUGCUAGAGCAGCUGAGACUCCACCAUCCAAAUGUUCACUGGAACGAGCAAGUCAACCUACAAGACGAGCAUCAACCCCGGUGAACAUGUUGCAAACUCCUGAGAAACGGCAGGGCGCCGACAUCCUCACCAGACUAAAAUCACCCGACGUUUCAGUGAACUCUCCUCGAAUCGACAGAAUCGCCGAAUUCCCGAUACCAUCAUUUGAUGAUGAACAAUUGCACCCCACAACCAAGCUCAAGCUCUAUCCACCAUCCAUCACUGACCAAUCGAUCACCAAGGACAAGUGCACAUUCCAGGUUCUCCGAAGCGACAGCAGCAAGAACCACACCGGAGACAGUUCUGAUCCCAGCAUUCUUGGCACUGACAGUAAUCCACUCAUCACGAGCUCAUCGGAUUGGAUGAAGCAGAGGAGAUUCGACACGACGUCGUACCGUCAGAGAGCCGAGGCACUGGAAGGAUUGCUGGAGUUCAGUGCACAGCUGCUGCAGCAGGAGAGGUUUGAGGAGCUGGGGAUCUUGCUGAAGCCAUUUGGGCCAGGGAAGGCGUCUCCGAGAGAGACGGCCAUAUGGUUGUCAAAGAGCUUCAAAGGGACUGGAUUGUGAUUAAUCAGAGUCCUGCAAAUGCAAAAAAAAGAAAAAAAAAUCUGAACCUAGAAUAAUUUUGUGUCUUUGAUUAGAUUCAGGCUGCUCUGUACAGUUUCAGUUUUGUGGUAAUAUCCUCUUUUCGUCUUUGAUUUUCGCGAAAUGUUUGAAACACUCCGUUGUUUGGCGAGAGAAGCUCCAUUUUUGUGUAUAGCAAAUAAUUGCUCAAGAAUGGGGAAGCACCGGUGGUGUGGUGGUGAAAUCAGGAAUGAAUUUACUCCGUA